AACAGAUGUAAGCUAUUGUCUCAAUUCUCCCCAAAGUACACUUUGCCUGAAAUAUUGAGCCGAAGUCCGAGAAUGUUAGCACCAUUCAAAAUCCAAAUCCGUAUUUUGCUCUACCUGUAUGAAAAUGCUCUCUUUCACCCUCUAAGGUUUCCAGGGGCUGCCAUGACGGUCACCGUGGUGUAUGACAACUCUGAGGCAACGGAGCUCUGUGCCGCUCAGCACCUCUACCUCAAGCCCAUAGCAAAACUGAUGAUCAAUGUCUUGCUCCCAGAGAGCUCAGAACCAAUGAGGCCCUUCUCCAACUGGGAAGUGCUUGACCAGCUGAAGAGCCUGAUUUGCCCUGACCAGUUCACCACCGUUCGGCUCUCCAAGAGCACGAAGGACUUCAUCCGAUUCGAGGGCGAGGCUGAAACGCGCAGUUUGGUUCAGAUCUUGAAGGCCAAGUUACAUGGGAAGAUCAUCAAGCUAAAUGGUUUGAAGACAGACUUAAAAGUUGUGGCUACAGAUGCCCAGGGAGAGUGGGAACGUUUCCCCAGGGAAAAGGAGGCCUCAGGGAGCGAUGGGGCCGAAGAGCAGGACCAGGAUAAAAGCCCAGAUUCUAUCUAUUUCGAAGGCUUGCCUUGCAAAUGGUUUGCGCCCAAAGGUUCCAGCGGGGAGAAGCCCUGUGAAGAGAUCCUUCGGGUGGUCUUUGAAAGCUUUGGGAAGAUCAAGAAUGUGGACAUCCCUAUGCUGGACCCCUACAGAGAAGUGAUGACUGGUGGAAACUUCGGGGGUUUUAGCUUUGGCUUGCAGACCUUUGAGGCUUUUAUACAGUACCAGGAGUCAACUGACUUCGAGAAAGCCAUGGAGUCCCUUCGAGGGAUGAAGCUGAUGCUGAAAGGAGAUGAUGGGAAAGCUCUGGCCUGUAACAUCAAGGUAAGAAGGAGCCAGAAUUUCUUUCAUUUCCCACCGUUCAGGUGGUCCUGAGCAAAAGCUGGAA